CAAUAUUGUUCCGCCCGGAAUCAGGGCUUCCGGAGCUUCCAUUGGCUGCCCAGAGGUGGCGGUCGCCCAGUGAAUGACUGCCCGUCCAGUGCGGUGGUGCUUGCGGUUCCGGUCCGAAGGUGGCCUUCUGGACAGCUCAAACCUAGACCCGUUGCCUCAACACCGACAUCUCUCUCUCUCCUCCAUCCAUCUCCCAUCUCCAUCUCUCCCGACUCAAAACCACCUCUCCCCCCCAUCCUUCCCCGCCGCGUUCUUGUUUCCCCCCCUCCCUCCGCUGUUCCACACAGAAAGCCAGCGUCGGCUUUCUCACCUUCAGCCUCCCACCUUCCCCUCCCUCCGAAUCGAUCCCGCAUCAGCUUCCCUGAAGCAACACAGACAACACCAUGGCUCCCCAGAAGCCUGACGAGCACCCCCACAAGAAGGUCAACCUCAAUGACCCUUCUGGCGCUGAGGUCAAGCAUGAGGAUGACACCGCGACCGCGAUUCUCAAGAAGAAGAAGAAGCCCAACCAGUUGAUGGUCACCGAUGCCGUCAACGAUGACAACAGCAUCAUCGCCCUCUCCGAGGCCACGAUGGAUUCCCUUCAGCUCUUCCGCGGCGAUACCGUUCUCGUACGAGGCAAGAAGAGAAAGGACACCGUCCUCAUCGUCCUGGCCGAUGAUGAGCUCGAUGACGGCAGCGCUCGCAUCAACCGAGUCGUCCGCCACAACCUGCGAGUCAAGCAUGGUGACAUGAUCACCAUCCACCCUUGCCCCGAUAUCAAAUAUGCCAAGCGAAUCGCUGUUCUUCCCAUCGCUGAUACCGUCGAGGGUAUCACCGGUUCUCUCUUUGACGUUUUCCUGGCUCCCUACUUCCGGGAAGCUUACCGACCAGUCCGCCAAGGCGAUCUCUUCAUCGUCCGUGGUGGUAUGCGACAAGUAGAGUUCAAGGUCGUCGAGGUCGACCCCCCAGAGUAUGGUAUCGUCGCACAAGAUACCGUCAUCCACUGCGAGGGUGAGCCCAUCCAGCGAGACGAGGAGGAGAACAACCUGAACGAAGUCGGUUACGAUGAUAUCGGUGGCUGCCGAAAGCAGAUGGCUCAGAUCCGAGAGAUGGUUGAGCUGCCACUCCGCCACCCCCAGCUCUUCAAGUCCAUUGGUAUCAAGCCUCCCCGUGGUGUCUUACUCUACGGUCCUCCUGGUACCGGUAAGACUCUUAUGGCUCGAGCCGUUGCCAACGAGACCGGUGCCUUCUUUUUCCUCAUCAACGGUCCCGAAAUCAUGUCCAAGAUGGCUGGUGAGUCGGAGUCGAACCUGCGCAAGGCCUUCGAGGAAGCCGAGAAGAACUCGCCCGCCAUCAUCUUCAUCGACGAGAUCGACUCUAUUGCCCCCAAGCGUGACAAGACUAACGGUGAGGUCGAGCGCCGAGUCGUUUCUCAGCUCCUCACCCUCAUGGACGGCAUGAAGGCCCGCUCCAACGUUGUCGUCAUGGCCGCCACCAACCGACCCAACUCCAUCGAUCCUGCCCUGCGACGUUUCGGCCGUUUCGAUCGCGAGGUCGACAUUGGCAUUCCCGACCCCACUGGCCGACUGGAGAUUCUCCAGAUCCACACCAAGAACAUGAAGCUGGGCGACGACGUCGACCUGGAGCAGAUUGCCUCCGAGACCCACGGUUAUGUCGGUUCCGAUGUUGCUGCCCUCUGCUCUGAGGCUGCCAUGCAGCAGAUUCGUGAGAAGAUGGAUCUCAUUGAUCUCGACGAGGACACCAUCGAUGCCGAGGUGCUCGACUCUCUUGGCGUCACCAUGGAGAACUUCCGAUUCGCCCUCGGCGUCUCCAACCCCUCCGCCCUCCGCGAGGUUGCCGUUGUCGAGGUUCCCAACGUCCGCUGGGAGGACAUUGGUGGUCUCGAGGAUGUCAAGCAGGACCUCAAGGAGAGCGUCCAGUACCCCGUCGACCACCCCGAGAAGUUCCUCAAGUUCGGUCUUUCGCCCUCACGUGGUGUCCUGUUCUAUGGUCCCCCCGGUACUGGUAAAACUCUCCUGGCCAAGGCCGUUGCCAACGAGUGCGCCGCCAACUUCAUCUCCGUCAAGGGACCCGAGCUUCUCAGCAUGUGGUUUGGUGAGUCUGAAAGCAACAUUCGAGACAUCUUCGAUAAGGCCCGCGCCGCCGCUCCUUGUGUAGUCUUCCUGGACGAGCUGGAUUCCAUUGCCAAGGCUCGUGGUGGCUCUGUCGGUGAUGCCGGUGGUGCCUCUGACCGCGUUGUCAACCAGCUCCUGACUGAGAUGGAUGGUAUGACCUCGAAGAAGAACGUUUUCGUCAUUGGUGCUACCAACCGACCUGAGCAGCUUGACCCUGCCCUGUGCCGACCUGGUCGUCUGGACUCUCUCAUCUACGUUCCUCUGCCCGAUGAGCCCGGCCGUCUUGGUAUUCUCAAGGCUCAGCUCCGAAAGACUCCUCUCGCCUCAGACAUCGACAUUGGAUACAUUGCAUCCAAGACCCACGGCUUCUCCGGUGCCGAUCUUGGCUUCAUCACUCAGCGUGCUGUCAAGAUUGCCAUCAAGGAGGCCAUCUCCCUUGACAUCGAGCGCACCAAGGCUCGCGAGGCGGCUGGUGACGAGAUGGAUACUGAUGAGGAUGCAGAGGACCCCGUUCCUGAGCUUACCAAGGCUCACUUCGAGGAGGCCAUGCAGAUGGCUCGCCGAUCAGUCACUGACGUUGAGGUCCGCCGCUACGAGGCCUUCUCUCAGCAAAUGAAGAACGCCGGCCCCGGCGCUUACUUCAAGUUUCCCGAGGCCGGUGCCGAAGCCAGCGGUGGCGCUGACAGCGGUAAUGCUUUCGGGGACGCUGGCAACGAUGAUGAUCUCUACGACUAAGGCGGCAAUGGCUAAUCGGACACAACUCGGAUGGUCCACUGUAUUCUAAUAUUUUCGCGCUCGUACAUCUCUGCAUUAGCUUGCACACAGCUAGUGGUCGGAUCUCAUCCAUACACACACUUCUCGCGGCUGGUAUCUGGAAUGGGAGUUGGUAGAAUGGUAGACGCGGAGGGAAUGGCGACUUGGCCUGGCACGUGCUCGCGCGUGGCUGUCUGAAUUGAUGGACCAGGCAAACAGGUUUGCGGAUUCAGAUUCUGUUGCUCUCCUGGACGCGAAAGGGUUUUUUGCUUUGAUAGAUGAUGAAAUUGAUUCCUCUUAUGAAUUUAUCUUGGAGCCUUUUGGUCAUGUGCUGUGAUGAGGUACCAUAAUAGAUGUCAUUUUGGAGCAGAGGGACAUGUGUGCUCGAGCCCCUGGACAUGACAUGCACUUAAGCAGAUGGAGAGAU